GCCAUGCUGCGGGGAACGAUUUUCGGGAAACCGAUAGAAAGCAGCUGAACGCGGCUGCGUCAGCUUUGCGUCCGUCCCUUCACCCUCACCUCCUCCUGUACCUCCGCCCUCCGCCUCCACCUUCUACUCGUCCGUCCGCCGUCGGGGCAUUGAACUUUCGAGCCGUAGGAGCGCGGUCAAACAACCAACGGCGACCAAAUCCACGGGCAUACUAUGAUUGCGCUCGAAUCAUGUCGACUGCACGCUCAAGUUGUCUUAUAGUGCUCAGUGGUGAUAAGGAUGGAAACUCUGCACCAUCCUUCAUACAGACGUUUACACUUCUCCAUAGUACCUUCACAGUGCAGAUUGCAACGCCCGGGGGAAAGCCUUUAGAAUUUGUAAACCAGGAUGACCAGAGUCGAAGGUGGUUGAAUGAUUUCCGAAUGAAAGUGUUCGCCAUCCCAAUAAGCUUGCAAACAGUUGACCCGAACCGAUAUACAUGCCUGAUAAUACCCCACUCCCCUGGUGCAGUCCAAGACUUGUGUGAAAACAACGACCUUGCUCAUAUACUCAAGCACUUCAUUCAGGAAAAAAAACCUAUCUGUGCCAUUGGAAUGGGUGUAUCGGGGCUAUUUUCAGCGAUAGAAGAUGGAGAGGUCUGGAGUUUUCGGCGAUACACACUCACGGCUUUGUCCGUAUUUGAACUUGCACGGAGCCCAGACUUUGCGAGUUUACCAGUCAUCCCUGAAGACGUUAUUAAGGACAGAGGAGCCCUAUACAGCUCGAGCGACCCAGAUGAAGUUCACGUGGUUGUGGACAGGCAUCUUAUCACCGGACAGAACGAGCAGUCUACGCUCACAGCCGUACAAAACCUGGUCCUGCUGUGCAACCAGAAGCAACAAGGGAACCCCCUCCGCAAAGACAGGCACCUGUGAACGUGCCUUCGACAAAUUUUGUACAUCAAAUUGCACCUUAAUAUAUUCAGGAGCAUAACGCUCCUUAAAGCAAAUGAGACAGCUAUGUGUACAGUAUAACCUUAUGGCACAAAUUCAAUGCAUGGCAGUAUCAGGGAA